GUGAUCCGCAAGGCUAUGUAGUGCAUGUUGUGUGGUGUGCGCAGCGCUGGACCCAGCGCGGCCGGGCUUCACCGACGUGGGCGAGGCGGAGCGCCUGGACGCGGCGGACGCCGACUUCGUGGCGGUGCUGCACACAGCGGCCGGCAUCGUGUCCUUCGAGGAGCCCCUGGGGCACGCCGACUUCUACCCCAACGGCGGACGCAGCCCGCAGCCCGCCUGCGCCGGACAGCCCGUGCACGUGGUGUGCAGCCACCUGAUCGCGCCGCGCUACUUCGCCGAGUCGGUGUACCACGCGCGCGCCUUGCGCGGGGUGCGCUGCCGCUCGUGGCGCGACUACGAGGCCGGGCUGUGCGCCGGCGGCCAGGAGGCCUUCCUCGGCCCGCACCUCGCGCCCAGCACGCGGGGCACCUUCUUCUUGCGCACGAACGCGCAGGAGCCGUUCGGGCGCGGGCAGGCACGCGACGAGGCCGGCACCACCAGCGCCCCCGACGACUACGAGGACGGCGUCGACGACAACCGCGUGGACGCGCGCAGCGCCCGCCAACGCGAACCGCCCGCCAAGGCCCGCGCGCCAGCCCACGCAGCCACCGCCUCGGCCGCGGUGCUGCUGCCGCUAAUGGCGCUCCUGGCGGCGCGUCACGCAACCCGUUGACGCCGCGCGGCGCCGCCAGGCGGCUCUCAUGCCAGCUGACAGUAGAGUUACUAGAUAAAAGAGAGUGGCGCGACCUGAACGGAUGUCGCCAUUGCACCUAAAAGCUGUCCAAGGCAGCAUUGAGGAAUUAAGGAGCAAUGAUAACAAUCGAAGGCAUUAUGGAGAGUUUUACUCGUAUUAUCAUCGUUUUUUUGUAGAUUAGUCGUUCCUAACUCACCCACAACACCAUCGGAUAUAAAAUGGUGGAAUGACAGGCGCAAAGGUAUGCGCUACUUUCUGUAUCUAGGGUCACUAGUUGACAGAGAUUGUGUCCAAUAUUGAAGUACAUUUUGCGAAAUGGUCCUCUGAGCGUCAAGGCCCUUUUUCCGAAUCGAUACAAGAACAAAGGAUAUCCAUAAACAAAAUGUUCCGAAAAGAGUAAUGUCAUUUUUUUAAUUUUCUGGAUAACAAUUAAAUAUGUCCGAUUAUCAAAUUGUUUCAAAAUGUCAUUUACUUUCUAGGAAAUUAAAAAUUGAAUCACCCAUCUAUUGACUUAUGAUAACACAACAUAUGUACUAGUCUAUGGUUCUUUAAUUAUUAGUGAGCCUAAAGUGAAUGUUUUCGAAGGACCGUCCUGAAAUCGUUGGUAUGAAACUAGGGGAAUGAGAACAACUUGUGUAGAAUCGGACAUUUUCGAUAAAUGGAUUUUAUUGAACACAUUUUAAAAUAUGACGAUUGGUUGUUCGAUUCUCCUAAGGUCUCGACUUCUUAUCUCAGGACUAUAUAGCGAAAUGACAUCGUAUUCGUGUAUUUGGAAGCCUUGAAAUGGACCGUUUCCUGUAAAUACUACACAUAUGUAUAUUGGACCUAAUCUCUCCCACAACUGUCCAGUGCAAAAUGAGAAAUAUUCACUAUAGCGCUAUGCUGUGGUUUGACCACACAGGUGCUCCUUUUGGGUGUGAAACCAACAAAUCUUUAAUGUGACAAUAGUUUUGUUCCAUUAUUGUCAAGACAAUAUGAAUUGCAAACAGAAUCGUAGAACCUUCAUACAAAUACCUUUUAUACUGUAAUUUAUAUCACAGUCAACAAAGAAUGCUUUUGUAAGGUUUCCUCGCACCGCCGAGUGAUGUGUUUCACAUAGAUGUGACGUUUCUAGCGCAGCGAAGCCUGCUAGGGACAUCAUGGGACCAACAUGAGAGAAGUCCACGAGAAGAGGGAUCGUCUAUCUCGCCCUCUCUCUCUCCGCACAGAAUUACGAGGCUAAUAUUCCAAAUCAGCACACCACAUGUUCUGUGAUGGCCAACGAUUUUGUCAUUGGAACGUCUAACGAUUGUCUUGCUCGUUGUCCUGAAAACACGAAGGUACCAGAACAAGAGGGUUGUGUACAAGAUACGACAGAUUGUAUCUAAUACGGUUUUGUUCGGUCUGGUAAUUAACAGUUGGAUAUUUAUUCGACGCGCCAGCAUUUUCGUGGUCAGUAUCAAUCGUUAGCAGUUAAUUUGAUUGAAGUCAUCUGUUUUGCUGUGAUCUGUAGUCAGCGGUACGUAUUUCAUACUCAUUAACACCUCACCGAACUAAAAAAAAUUUAACAAAAACCUUACAGAAUAGCAAGAACCAAUAAAAUAGUAAUCAAAUACAAAAGUCAACAGUUAGCAAUAAUGAAGCUUUGGCAAGAAUAUUAUCACUUUUGAGGCUCUGGGUCAUAUUUGGUGACCUGUUUUCCACUAUACUCCGACUUGCUGACGUAGGUAUCUGUAAAUAACAGUAAUGUCAAAAUAUUGUUUCCUGGUUUAAAUAUCUUUCAAAGUUAUUCACGAUAAAACUAAGACGUAAAAAUAUUCAUAUUGCCGUCACAUCAGACUGAUAUUGAGUUUGCUUCUUUACGUACAGAUUGUAGCAUCAAAACAUGCAAAAUUUGUUUGCAUGUUUUGUCAAAGGUCGAACUCCAAUAGUAGAUUACAUCGAGUUUUACAUGCGAAACUGUGAUAUUGCCUACAGGCUGUUCCAAAAAGUGCUUCCUUUAACACAUUGCAUUGUUGCUUUUUUUCUCACUCACUUGCGGCUCUUUUCUCAUUUAAACUAUGUACUAUUCGGAAUUAAUUCUGGUUCAUUAUCACCACCGUGUACAAGCUACCUCAUGAAGGAUAGUGGCACUGAAUCUCAACGAUUUCGUCAGUUGUUUGACUAACGAUGACUA